ACAACGCGCAAGCGCAUCCGCAUCCCCCAAUGCCGAGCCGACUGCUGUUGCACUUGGCUCGAUAGCCAUACUUUGCCCUCACUGGCUUGUCCUUCGUUUUGUUCAUCUCAUCCCUCUACACUUUGACUUGCGCCCUCAAUCGCUAAUCAUGUCGUCUGCAAAGGAGAAAGCAAAUCUAGCGCGCAUAAGAGAUAACCAGAGAAGAAGUCGAGCAAGGAGGAAAGAAUAUCUGCAGGAACUCGAGGCACGAUUGCGACAAUGCGAACUCCAAGGCAUCGAGGCCUCGUCCGAGAUCCAGAUGGCUGCGCGACGAGUGGCCGACGAGAACAAGAAAUUAAGAGGCCUCCUGGCCCAGCAUGGUGUGGCCGAUGAUAAUAUCGAGGCAUAUCUGCAGACUUCGCCGACGACAGACGGAAUGGCUGGCGGCCCAUAUACCAGCAGUAGCGGCGCCGUACAACUGCUGGAACAACUUUUGCAAACGCGCAAAACAUGCUGCGCCGAUGGAAACAAUCCAGUGUUGGGUCAAGGCACAGGCAGUCGAGAUAGUUCAACCAGCGUCACCACCGUGCAAUCGCUGUGGGAUCCUGUAUAUGCGCAAAAUCCGGGUAGGGCGGGGUCUUUACAGCAGACGGGAAAGGCGGCGUCUUCAGCACACCAAUUCAUGACCCCGAGUACGAGUAGCGCCAGUCGAACCAGCAGUGUGAGCCAUGGCCCUGCUUCACAUCAUCAACGUCUCGCGCUUGGGCAGAUUCCACGAAGUCCAGCCUCUAAUCCCUCAAGUCAUAGUCAGCACCAGCAUCUUUUCGACUUUGAUCCUCAGAUUUCCGUAUCAGGAUCCUAUUCAUCACAUCAAAGCCAUACCCACAAGCAUCUACAACCACAUAGCGGGGCCCAGAGAUCUUCCGUUUAUAUAAGCCAUCCUCCUACGAAUACAAAUGUCAAUAAUUGCAAUUAUGCAGCAGAAAUGAUCACUACGAUGGCUGGAGCUGAUCCUAGCACCGUACGAGCAGAUCUUGGUUGCUUGCCUGGAAUGGAAUGUGACGUCGACAAUCAUCACCUUUUUGAAGUUAUGGAUCGUUAUUCAGGUGUCGGGUUAUAACCAUCAAAGACUACGGAGCAGUCUAUGUUGAUUUCAAGCCACUGAAUACGGAGCACAAUACCCGACGAUAUAUUGGUGACGGCCCAUGGUUUAUGCCUCGAGGCCUGGAU